UUCUUAGUCUGGAAGAAUCGCUGUCGUAUAUCCCGCCACCUAUCAUUUAUUCUCCAAAAUGUACUACAUCGAAAGCCACUACGAAGGCCAAUGGUGACCCACCAACGAGAUUUGUCCAAAAUAAAGUGGUAUUCUGUGAAGAGAACGUUCGCGUUGCUAUCGACGUCAAUAUAUGCAUGGUAUUAAAUCGGCUUAUGGCACCAGGUUAUAACUUUUUGAGGCGUCGAAUUCAUACUUCUGGCAUACCAGAUUUCAAUUGCUAUCUGUUGGAAUUAUUGAUCUUGGUGUUUGAAACUAAAAGAAAGCAUGUUUUAGAAGAUAUGGUUUCUACGCCGAGAGCAUACAGAGCUUUGGAUUUCAAAGACUCUUCAGUUACAGUCAGAAUCUCCACCGAUACUAAAAGCAUAUGCUUAUCUACAGGGGG